AUGAAAGUGAAGAAGAUGAAGAUGAAGAAGAUGAAGCUUGCUGUCUCAGACGACAACAUCAUAGAUGAUGAGUUCGAUGACAAUGCCGACAUGCUGAACAAAUUGCGCACUUAUCUCGGCAUUAGAUAUCAUGAAGAGGAUUGGAAGGAGGCGGUGGACUCUUUAUUCACUGGGGACAGCGAUAUCAAUAUCGCGUUAGAUAACCUUGUGGGCAUCAAAGCACACUACAUUCCUGUUCUAUCGGACACAAUGAUUGACAAGUGGUUGCGCCUAGAACACCAGGACGACCCUACAAUGACUGUAAAGUUAUUAGUAGCAUCCAGACAACUAGGCGAUCCAAGGGACAUUGGAAAGCUCAGACAGGAGCAUCACCUCCUUGAGCACCCUGCCGGUGUUGAUCACUACAACUACCGAGGUCAAAAAUAUAUCCAUGGCCUCAUGUGCAUCGAACGGUAUCUUACGGAUGUCAUCAGAAUAUCCCUCCCUACCACGCAGGACAUUGCCCUCCACAAGGAGUCAGGGCGCAACCCAGAAUUCGUCUCUAGCACCAUGCAUAUCUAUUCCGCUCAGCACUGGAUAGAAGGUGAUGAGGUGCAAGUCGUCUCUGGAGCUAUGUCAGGGACCUGGGGCAUCAUUCUGGCGGUGAUGAUCGAUGAUGGCACGGCAUUGGUGGAUCUGGCCUAUGUCCCAGGGUCAAACAGUGAACUUAUUGAUAUAGAUGUACCAGUCUCAUUUCCCAUCAUGGACCUGCGGAGACGUAUUCGCACGGGGUAUCAUGUCCGUGUCUUGGAUACAAGUGCGGAGAAAUCGGAGUAUAAGGGCAAGGAAGGAAUAGUUCUUGAAGUUGUCGGUGAUACCCUCGUUGUCCGGGAUUCGGUCACAAAAUCUGAGUUCGUUGUAUCAAGUAACUCUAUCCAGACCAACAUCGUCGAUCGCGGGUUAUCCGCUUCCUUCAGUACCAUCGCGCAAACAUCGACUGCGCUUCCUGACGAUCUCAAAGCGAUGAGAGGUCCUUAUGCAAAGUCAACCUCUUCCAAGGUCAAAGGCAAUGGCUUCCAUGAAGCCAUGUCGUCAGAGGCCUCUGAGAGCCCGCACCCCACCUCCAAGUCUGCCUUCAAGUCCACCUCCGUACCCCGCCCUAAUCCAUGGUCACUUGACCCCAGCAUCGAGCGAGAGACUUCUGUAUUUGAAGAAGCGCCAUCCACAGUCCCUGUAAUACAAGUUACCUCAGCAUAUGAUCCUUGGCGAGUGAAUCCUGAUGACGAGGGGGAGAAAAAUUCUGAUAUCCCAGAUUCAUCUCGUGGGUUGUUUUAA